AUGUCUUGCCGCUCCUUCCAGAUGGGCUCCAGAUGUGGCAACCGAAGUUUCAGCUCCUGCUCUGCUGUUAUCCCUCGAACAGUGACUUAUUCCUCUGUGAGUAAGGGGCCAUGCAAGAUAGGAGGCACAGGAACCCUCCGAUGGCUGGGCUGCUUUGGCUCCAGAAGCCUGUGCAACGUGGGCUGCGGGAAGCCCCGAAUUGCCUCCAGGUGCAGCUUGCCCAGCUUUGGCUAUCGGGUGGGGGCAGCCUGCGGACCUCCCCGCUGCAUCACCCCAGUCACAGUCAAUGAGAGCCUGCUGAUCCCUCUGGAGCUGGAUAUAGAUCCUAGUGUACAACAAGUGAAGAGGAAUGAGAAGGAACAGAUCAAGUGUCUCAAUAACCGGUUUGCUUCAUUCAUCAACAAGGUGCGCUUCCUAGAGCAGCAGAACAAGCUGUUGGAGACCAAGUGGAACUUCCUGCAGCAGCAGAAAUGCUGCAAGAGCAACAUCGAACCCAUCUUUGACGCCUACAUCAGCACCCUGCAGAAGCAGCUGGACUGUGUGGCGGGGGACCGGGUGAGACUGGAGGCAGAGCUCAGUGGUCUGCAGGAUGUGCUGGAAGGCUACAAGAGAAAAUAUGAGGAAGAACUAUCCCUGAGACCCUGUGCUGAAAAUGAAUUUGUGGCCUUGAAAAAGGAUGUAGAUACAGCCUUUCUGAUCAAAGCUGACCUGGAGACCAAUGUAGAAGCUCUGGUUCAGGAGGUCAACUUUCUAAGAAACUUGUAUGAGGAGGAGAUCUGCCUGCUCCAGUCACAGAUUUCUGAGACCUCAGUCAUUGUGAAGAUGGACAAUAGCCGGAACCUGGAUGUGGAAGGCAUCAUCGCUGAGAUUAAGGCUCAAUAUGACGACAUCGCCAGCCGGAGCAAGGCUGAGGCUGAAGCCUGGUACCAAUGCCGGUAUGAAGAGCUGAGACUGACAGCUGGAAACCACUGUGACAGCCUACGGAACAGCAAGAAUGAGAUCCUGGAAAUGAACCGAGUAAUCCAAAGACUACAGCAAGAAAUUGAGAAUGUCAAAGCUCAGCGCUGCAAACUUGAAGGUGCCAUAGCUGAAGCUGAACAGCAGGGAGAAGCUGCCCUCAAUGAUGCCAAGUGCAAGCUGGCAGGGCUGGAGGAGGCCCUGCAGAAGGCCAAACAGGACAUGGCAUGUCUGCUGAAGGAGUACCAACAGGUGAUGAACUCCAAGUUAGGGCUGGAUAUCGAGAUCGCCACCUACAGGCGGCUGCUAGAGGGAGAGGAGCACAGGCUAUGUGAAGGUGUUGGACCUGUGAAUAUAUCUGUCAGCAGUUCUAAAGGGGCCAUCUUGUAUGAGCCCUGCAUGGUGAGAACAGAGUUCUGCCCUGGGGGCUCGAGUGGCAUUCGGAGCAGUGGGGGCUGCAGCUCGGGCACUGUGGGGAGCAGCAUUGUGGUGGGCACUGGUGACCUCUAUGUCCCCUGUGCCCCUCAGGGUGGAUUCAGUUGUGGGAGUGGGCAGAACUCAAGCAUUAAGCUUGUGUCUGGUGGCUCAUCUAGCCACAAAUGCUAA